AUCGAGCAGCCAUCCCCGUGUGUCAGGAGGACUGCACAGGACUCAGAGCCCCAUCACUGUGCCUCCACCUCACUCACUGACACAUGAGACACAUUGACCAGAAGAUCCUGGAACUCCCUACAAGAUCAUUCAGCUGCUGACUGGAGAGGAGGAGGAGUAUAUAGAGGAACACAGGGGUCUUUACAUGACAUGAUGAUGAAGAAUCACCGGCCCCUCACAUCACUGGAUGGGCCCAGUAACAGAGAUACCCCAGAGAGAUGUCCCCGUCCUCUGUAUUCCCAGGAUUGUACAGAGGAGAAUCACAGGAUCCCACAGGAGGAUCAGGUAGAACGUUUGUCUGAUAUUAAAACAGAAGAUAUAGAGGGAGAAGAAGAGACGUAUGUGACUGAUAUAAAGGUAGAAGAUAUAGAGGGAGAAGAAGAGACGUAUGUGACUGAUAUAAAGGUAGAAGAUAUAGAGGGAGAAGAAGAGACGUAUGUGACCGAUAUAAAGACAGAAGAUAUAGAGGGAGAAGAAGAGACGUAUGUGACCGAUAUAAAGACAGAAGAUAUAGAGGGAGAAGAAGAGACGUAUGUGACCGAUAUAAAGACAGAAGAUAUAGAGGGAGAAGAAGAGACGUAUGUGACCGAUAUAAAGACAGAAGAUAUAGAGGGAGAAGAAGAGACAUAUGUGGCUGAUAUAAAGGCAGAAGAUAUAGAGGGAGAAGAGACGUAUGUGACCGAUAUAAAGACAGAAGAUAUAGAGGGAGAAGAAGAGACGUAUGUGACUGAUAUAAAGGCAGAAGAUAUAGAGGGAGAAGAAGAGACGUAUGUGACCGAUAUAAAGGCAGAAGAUAUAGAGGGAGAAGAAGAGAUGUAUGUGAGGGAUGAUCAGCAGUGUAAGGAGGAGGAGAUCCCUACAGAUAUCAGCAGAGAAGUCCCUACUUCUGAGAAACAUUCCCAGGAACAGGAGCCUACUCGGUGGCUGUUUCUGGAUACAGUGGCUCAGAAAGUGUUCCUCCCAGAAGACAAGGCAAGGACGCUCCAGGAUGUGGUCCGAGUGGUUUAA